GGGCUGCAGUCUUACAGCAACAGAGUUUAGACGGUGUCUUUGCUUCAUCAUCUGAGGGGAAAAUUCCCAGGCAGAAGGCUUCUCGAGUACAAUAAAAAGGGAAUGAGAAGUAUUUACCCGAACGUUUCUUCCUAACGAUGCAGUGGGAAAGGUUUGGCCGUUUGAUUUUACCAGAUGGCCCUGUGCUGAUUGCAAACGUGAGGAGCAGACGGAGCUAAAUAAGGUUCAUGAUUAAAAAGUGCCUUUGUGAAGUCACUUUUACCGGAAACGACUAUUCUACGCACUUCUGUGUUUGCAGAGCUUGGUUUCUGCCUACUCUGAACACCUUGUCCUGACCUCAUGUGUGGCAGAGGAUAUCACGACUGUCUGAAAUUGCUGCUUGUUUGACUUCAACAUUAAAAAGGUGAAAGGAAAAAACAAAACCGCUAGAACAUGAACAACUGACAAGGUUGUUUUCCAGUGUCACCAAUCCAAGAAAGCAGCAUUGGAAGAAUUAACAUUCUCUCGAGGAGUGUGAUUGCCUUGGAGUCACUCUAUAAAGAAACGGUGUCAAAGACAGGCGAGAGACUCAGACAUUUUACAGCCAGAGAUGCCACUGAGCAUGUUUUCACUGCAGCCCACCUUCUUCAAGUGGGGCAUAUUGAUUGAUGAGUGACUGCUUGCUGAUAAAUUGUCUCUUCUCAUUCUGCCUUGUGCAUAUUGGACUCCAUUAAUCAACUUGUUAGCUCUUCUAAGAGCUAGAUGUGGUUGGCUUCUCAACAGUAGUUUUGUUUUGUUUUACUUUUUGAAACUGGUGGAUACCAGACUGACAUAAUUCACUUAAUAGCAACAUCCAGAACCUAAAUCUCUUUUUCAUCAUGGCUUUGAACGUUGCUCCUGUGAGAGACACAAAAUGGCUGACACUGGAAGUGUGCAGACAGUUUCAGAGAGGAACUUGUUCACGCUCUGAUGAAGAAUGCAAAUUUGCGCACCCCCCCAAAAGUUGCCAGGUUGAAAAUGGCCGUGUAAUUGCUUGCUUUGAUUCCCUAAAGGGUCGUUGUUCAAGGGAGAACUGCAAGUAUCUUCACCCACCGACACAUUUAAAAACCCAACUAGAAAUUAACGGGAGGAACAAUUUGAUCCAACAAAAAACUGCAGCAGCAAUGCUUGCCCAGCAGAUGCAAUUUAUGUUUCCAGGAACACCACUUCAUCCAGUUCCUACGUUUCCUGUAGGUCCAGCCCUAGGAACAAAUGCAGCGAUUGGUUUCGCUCCUUACUUAACACCUGUAACCCCUGGAGUUGGGCUAGUCCCUACUGAAAUUCUACCCACCGCUCCUGUUAUUGUUCCUGGGAGUCCGCCUGUUACAGUCCCUGGCUCAGCUGCUACUCAGAAACUCCUCAGGACAGAUAAACUCGAGGUGUGCAGAGAGUUCCAGAGAGGAAACUGUGCCCGAGGAGAGACUGACUGCCGCUUUGCUCAUCCUUCAGACAGCACAAUGAUUGAUACAAAUGACAACACUGUAACCGUUUGUAUGGAUUACAUAAAGGGUCGUUGCAUGAGGGAGAAAUGCAAAUAUUUCCACCCUCCUGCACACUUGCAGGCCAAAAUCAAAGCUGCUCAGCACCAAGCCAACCAGGCUGCCGUCGCUGCUCAGGCAGCCGCUGCAGCAGCGACAGUGAUGACUCAGUCGACUGCCAAAGCAAUGAAGCGACCUCUCGAAGCAACUGUAGACCUGGCCUUUCCUCCCGGUGCUCUUCACCCUUUACCAAAGAGACAAGCACUUGAAAAAAGCAACGGUGCCAGCGCCGUCUUUAAUCCCAGCGUCUUGCACUGUCAGCAGGCGCUAGCCCAUGCACAGUUGCAGCAACACACGGCAUUUAUUCCUACAGGGUCAGUUUUGUGCAUGGCACCCGCUACCAGUAUUGAUAAUACUGAAAUAAUCAGCAGAAAUGGAAUGGAAUGCCAAGAAACCGCAUUGAGAAUAACAAAACAUUGUUACUGUACAUACUAUCCUGUUUCCUCCUCGAUAGAAUUGCCACAAACUGCAUGCUAAAUAAAAAUGUAGUUCUUCCGGACAGAUCACAAACUCUAAGAAGCUAGUGCUGCUAUAUCAUAUAUGAGUAUUAAAUAUGGUAUGCUUAGUAUAUUCCAACCUAAAAUAGUUAACUACCUGAUGCCAGCUGUGAUGUUUAAAGACAUAAAGGGUAAAGUUUACUUUCAAAAGUUCUCUAAACAUGGUUUUCUGUCCUAGGGAAUAUUGUCUUAUCUCCAUAACUAUAGCUGAUGCAGAAAGCCCAACCAAUUUCUUCUUUUCAGACUCAGAACAUUUCAAAUUUAGCAAUAAUCAGUUUGCAUUGGUUCCAACCUGUCCCAAGUACAGGUUAAAUUCUCACUCGAAUUAUUAUCGUUUCCUUUGCCCACUUAAUCAAAGGGUAAGUGUUCACUUCUCAAUGAGAUGAUGCUGCAGCAAAGAAAGAAGUGAAGUAAAACUAAGACCUGUCCUACAGGUCUCAAAUUCUAAUGGAAAAUCCAAGGACAAGCACAAGUUCUGGGGAUGCAUCAAAAGCAUAGUGUUUGGCUUGCCUGGAGAUGCUGUGUUGAAUCAUGUGAUUCUAGUAUAAAAGAAAUAGAUUAAAAGAAACAAAAACUUUGCACGGUAUGAGCUUCAUACCCCCAACCAACAAAGUCUUGAAGGUAUUAUUUUACAAAUAUAUUUUUAAUGUUCUUUUAUAAGAGAGACUUUGCAGAAGUGCCUAAAUUUUGCCAGACUUCAUCCAGCUUGAAGGAAAGGAGGCCAAUGCCAACAACCUAAUCUAAGUGAUUAGUCUUUCAAACUCACCAUCCAGUUGCCUGUCACAGAAUAACACUUUGAAACUAAAGAUGUACGUAGUAAAAUAAAGAAGCUGUAGGUGAGGAGAUCUGUAUAAUAUUCUAAUUUAAGUAAAUCUGAGGUUAGUCACUUAAAAUCUGACUGUGACUUUAAUCUAAAUUACUAUGUAAACAAACAACAAAAAAGUAGAUAGUUUCACUUUUAAAAAUCCAUUACUGUUUUACAUUUUAAAAGUUGAAUUAAAGGGUUGUAACUGACUACAGCAUGGAAAAAUAGUUCUUUUAAUCUUUUCACCUUAAAGCAUAUUUUAUGUCUCAAAAAUAUAAAAAAAACCUUUAAUACAAGUACAUACAUAUUAUAUAUACACAUACAUAUAUACUAUAUAUGGAUGAAACAGAUUUUAAUGUUGUUUACUUUUUUAAAUACUUGGUUGAUCUUCAAGGUUAUAGCGAUACAAUUAAAUUUUGUUCAGAAAGUUUGUUUUGAAGUUUAUUUUAAGCACUAUUGUACCAAAUAUUUCAUAUUCCACAUUUUAUAUGUUGCACAUGUCCGAUACAAUACCUACAUAGUCUUUAAAUUAUUGUUUCAAAAACAAAACAGCUGUAAUAAAUGAAUAUGAUGUGUAAUUGUUUAAAACAUCCCUUUAUUUUGUGAGCAUAUUAGUGAUUGCAGUAUUUUGACUUAAACUUUUCAGAUUGAAUGUAAAAUAUUUUAAAUGUUGGCAUCACUGCCAAUUCUGAAAACUAGAGACACUAACUGUGUCAUGAUUUGUCUCAAAAAAGAUCUGCCAUUUUAACUCAUGUUCCUCAGAGUCUAAUUCCUAUCUAUUUAUAUUAAGUCAUAGAUUUGAUCACCCUAAGGAGAAAAAAAUCACAUCUAAAUGUAAUCUAACAUAGUGCUUGUACUGUUACAUUUGUUUUAAUUUGUGGGAAAAUAUUGUAUCUAAACUUUUAUUACUUUGGUAGUUUUACCAUUAUAUACUAUUAGUAUUUGUAAUUUUUCUCAAUUCUAACAAUGUAGUUAUGCUACAACUUGCCUAUAGCAUUCAAGGUUGUUUUUGUUCAUUUUUUUUUAAUACUUGUUAAUUUAGAUUCCUUGAAAACUUAGUACACAUAACUAAAAGGUAAAUUAUGAGCAUCACUGAAAUAUUUUUGUAGACUACUUGUUAUAACAUUGUCUUUCAUCUUAUCGUUUCAUAAUUUUGAUUUUUUAAUGACUAUUGUAUAACUGUUUUCAGCCCUUUAAGGUAAACCAUCGAAAGCAUCACAUAUACACAUCCCAAGAAAUAGAAAAGACUGUAUUUUUAAUAAGAUAUCCAUUUUCCAGAAUUUGUGACUAUAUUAUGCAAAAGGACCAUAAGGAUACCAUUUACAGUAAGGAGGAGGCAAGGCAAUUACAUAGAUGUACAAAUAUAUGUACAACAGAUUUUGCUUUUUAUUUAUUUAUAAUGUAAUUUUAUAGAAUAAUUCUGGGAUUUGAGAGGAUCUAAAACUAUUUUUCUGUAUAAAUAUUAUUUGCCAAAAGUUUGUUUAUAUUCAGAAGAGUCUGAUUAUGAUGAAUAAAUCUUAAAUGCUUUGUUUAAUUACAAAAAAAAAAUCACCAGAAUCCAAGAUGAGAAAAUAUCAAUUCAGUAAAUGCUGUGGUUAAGAGACUGGAUCUCCACUUAUUUUGAGAACAGCAUUUCAUUAUUGGUUUUCAGUCAUUUAACAUCACUUCACCAAAACAUUCACCUCAAUCACUCCACUGACAACACUUCUACUAAAUCUUUCAGUAACACUUACCGAAAACCCUCAUUCAUUACCUUUCCAUGUAAACAGAAGUCUAAUUUGUAUCAAUUCUAUGUUUCAGUUGUAAUAUUGAGUUCACUCACCCAAUGUGCAACCAAUGAAAUAAAAUAAGCAUUUAAAAAUGA